CAAACCCUCCUCCAACUCCACCGCCCACCAUGGCCGCCUCCGCCCUGUCCGUCUGCUCCAGCAACCUGAGCUAUGGCAACCGCACCUGCCUGCCCGGGUCCAGUGACUCUUGCACCGACUCUUCCUGGCAGGUGGACGACUGUCCAGAGAGCUGCUGUGAGCCCUCCUGCUGCGCCCCCACCUACUAUGUCCCCAGCUGCUGCCAACCCUCCUGCUGUACCCUCAUCUACAACCCAGUGAGCUGCAUGUCCAGCCCCUGCUGCCAGAUGUCCUGUGGGUCCAGCCCCUGCCAGUCAGCCUGCACAAGCUUCUAUACCAGCUCCUGCUUGCCCUCUUGUUGCCAGCAAUCUAGCUGCCAGCCCUCCUGCUGUGUGUCCCUCUGCAGCACCCCUGUCUGCUGCAAGCCCAUGUGCUGUGUGCCCGUCUGCUCUGGGGCCUCCUCAUGCUGCCAGCCUACCUCCUGCACCUCAUCCUGCUGCAGACCCUCCUCCUGCGUGUCCGUCAUCUGCCGCCCCGUGUGCAGGCCUGCCUGCUGUGUGCCCGCCUCCUCAUGCUGUGGCCCCACCUCCUCCUGCCAGCCCAGCUGCUGCCGCCCGUCCUCCUGCAUGUCCCUGCUCUGCCGCCCCGUGUGCUCCCGCCCGGCCUGCUGCGUCCCCACCUCGACCCAGAAGUCCUGCUGCUGAGUGAUCGUCUUAAGGGCACCCAAACACUCAAGAGCUCACUGCCA